AUGGAAAAGCCCAAGUCGGGAUGGCCAGCUGGAUCAACACGCCAGAACCUACCGCCUUGGGAUCGGUCGAUCGAUAUCGUUUAUCAUCAAUAUCGACGUGGCCAGGCGUUGCCCGACAAAGCCAUUGAUUUUGAGAAUUCGGUCACAAUUUUCUUCGCCGACCACAAGCGAGAGCAACAGCAGGAGCCGAUUUCCCCGUACCUCAGAUUACCCGCAGUUGCGCGCUUCAAGAUAUGUCAGUGUCUCAUUGCCGAUUACAACCCCGACAGACCCAUCUGCCUCAACGACGGUCGUUUCAUGAGAGAGGUUUGGAGUGACGAUGAGUACACUUCGCUCGCGGCUGCCAUGGGGCCUCUGCAGCCGUAUCUCAAUGUAUCAUUUGCUCUGCGCGCGGACAUGAUGGUGGCAUUUCUUAUGGAAGAGCGAUUCCAUAUCACACUUUCGCCCUUCGUUGGGCCAUACUUGAACCCCUUGGCAACGCUGUGGUGCGACAAAUACGGCCACUUCAUGCAGCAAGUUAUCGUCGAGCUCGACCUGACGCGGCUAGGUUUCGGACCAGGCAAGGAGGCCUGCAAACUACGCGCGGGAACCGUCAACAUGGACGAUCUCAUAGGAGCUUUUGUCAAAGGCCAGUUGAGGCGUAAAACCUACUCGACGCUCAAGAGCCUUGUGCUACUCUGCCGGAGAUUUUGGGGUGAACGCCCUUCCGACCAUCUGCCUCCAGGUUCCAGGCCUGCUGCCGACCAGAACGACCAAGGAACGUCGACGGAACCGGAGCAGGUGUUUGCACCCAAGCGAUCGAACUACGGUGCUGACUUUUCUUACUGCCCAGACGAGUUCCUAAGAAUCUGCGAGCCCUUCAUACGCCUAGAGGGCAUGGUCGACUCGAUGCGCCUCUGUGGUUUCAGCAACGGCUAUACGCAUUCUCUCCUGCGCCGUAUCUUUCCCAUCCCCGAGAGAAGCGAUGAGGUCAAGCACCAUACCUAUCGCGUGGCGCCUUCUUCAGUAUGGCCGCGAAUUCCCGGUCAGAAAUCGUGGGUCGAUAAAGGACAUGGCAAAUUCCAACUGGAUGAUCAUUCUCGACAGUACCUGCGCGGUCUUUGUCUUCCAGAGGGAGCAGUCAUGCUGACACGACCGUACGAAAGCGCAUUGAAUGGACGUAUGUCGGUCGGCUAUGCGUCUAGACCUAUUGAAGAGAUUUCAGAAGACGGCGACACAAGUGAACGUCCGGACAACAGAACGCAGCUGAUCGGAAGGACGUCUCAAGAAUCGGUAGCCACAGACGCGGCGAGCCUUGAACACAGAAUGCAAGUCCUGGUCCACAAACUGCGACGAAGCAUGUCAAAGAGGGAGGUCGAUGCUAGUCCACAGGCGUUCGUGACAUCUGACUGGGCAAUGUCGGCUUGGUCGUCUCGAGAAUUAGAAGGUAGCUGGCUGGGGGAUGGAACGACAUCCAGAGCGACUAUCUGA